GGCGUGGUCUCGGCCGCGUCGCCGCGCCGCGUGCGGAAUCUGCGGCGGCCGUUGGCCGUUAGCGCGGCUUGGGCGGUUGUCUUGGAGAAGCAAGAUGGCGGCGACGGCGGCCGCGGUGGUGCCGGAGGAGGACACGGAGCUGCGGGACCUGCUGGUGCAGACGCUGGAGAACAGCGGCGUUCUGAACCGCAUCAAGGCCGAACUCCGAGCAGCUGUGUUUUUAGCACUAGAAGAGCAAGAAAAAGUAGAGAACAAAACUCCUCUAGUCAAUGAGAGCCUGAGAAAGUUUUUAAAUACGAAAGAUGGCCGGCUGGUGGCUAGUCUCGUUGCGGAGUUUCUCCAGUUUUUCCAUCUUGACUUCACCUUGGCCGUUUUUCAACCCGAAACCAGCACAUUUCAAAGUCUUGAAGGCCGAGAGAACUUAGCCCGAGAUCUAGGUAUUAUCGAGGCAGAAGGUACUGUGGGCGGACCGUUGUUACUGGAGGUGAUCAGACGUUGUCAGCAGAAGGAGAGAGGGCCACCCAAUGGGGAGGGUGCACUAGAGCUGUCCGAUGUUCAUUCUCCACCAAAGUCACCAGAAGGCAAAACCAGCGCUCACAGCAAUCCCAGUAAGAUACCAAGGUAUAAAGGACAAGGUAAGAAGAAGACAAGCGGGCGGAAGUCUGGUGCCAAGAAGGCCAGCAGUGAUACCAGUCAGAGUGACACGAGCGUCUCCUCAUCAGAACCAAAGAGCAGAAGCAGCCUCCACUUGCUGGCUCACGAAACCAAAAUUGGAUCUUUCUUAAGUAACAAAAGUCUAGAUGUCAAAGACAAAGCCGGUCUUUGUCCAGACGAAGAUGAUAUGGAAGGGGAUUCUUUCUUCGACGAUCCCAUUCCUAAACCGGAAAAAACUUACGGUUGGAGAAGCGAACCUGGUGAGCACGCAGGAAGCCUCGCCUCGCUCUCCGACGCGCCCCCCUUGAAGGACUCUGAAGGUAAACGAGGAAGCACAGUUUUAAAAGAUCUGAAAUUGGUCAGUGAUAAAAUUGGAUCACUUGGAUUAGGGACCGGAGAGGAGGACGACUACGCAGACGACUUCAACAGCACCAGCCAUCGCUCAGAGAAAAGUGAGCUCAGUAUUGGGGAAGAGAUCGAGGAGGAUCUUUCUGUGGAAAUCGAUGACCUCAACACCAGUGAUAAACUUGAUGACCUGACACAGGACCUGACCGUGUCCCAGCUCAGUGACGUUGCCGAUUAUCUGGAGGAUGUUGCAUAGACGAGAAAGAAAGAAGUAUUCUCAUCAACAAAGGACAAAGGACUCCGAUCACUUCCAUUUUCUUUCCUCCAGACAAUCAUUCUUUGCUGGAAUGUCUGCUCCCUGUUGGUGCCUUGUGUUUCAAAAAGACUGCAGAUAUUUUUAAAAAUUAAGUUUUCAUUAUACUAAACGAAAGCUUCCUACUUGAGGCCAUGUGUGGAAGAUACACUGUUCUUAAUUUGGUUUGGCUACACGUUUGUCUGUGGAAGUUGAUUACCGACAGCUCCGCUUCAUUUCGAGGAGCGAACCCGGGAAACCAUGAGUAUUCUAGCUCCCUGAAAGGUCUCCAUAAAGCUGCA